CUGAACACAGCUAAGAAAAUGGAACCAAUUUGAGUGCUAAUUCACAGUGUUUGACAGAUUUAAUAGCGGUUUAUGCCAAGAACUAACUCUCUAAUGUUUUAGUCAAGAUAUAAAGUUGAUGAGAAAGCUUAUAAUUAUCAUCUUCAACUUCAUAUAACAGAACCGAUAACUUACAAUGGAUACCACAAUUGCUAAAAACUUUAUUGAAAAUAUUUCAAAACACAUUCAGUUAUUGUUACGUCAUUACAUACCAUUUGACCAUCAAGUAGAAGUUAUGGGACAUUUGAAUAUAAAUGUGGAUUUUAAUUCAAGAGUGAAUUAUAUUGUGAGUGAAAAAUGUGAAAAAGAGAAAGACUCAGAAUUUAAAGCCAUCAGUUCAAGUUUUCAUGUCAGUCCAGACCGAACAUCAGUAUUAUCACCAGCCUGUACACUGUCACCAGUCAAGGAUGAUGAACUACAGACACCCUUACCAACCCCAGCCUUUAAAAGACCACAUUCAACCCCAUUAAGGAAAUCACCUAUGAAACGUUCAAGGCUAAGUAGUGUUCGAAAGAGCCCAAAUGAAUCUCCUUCAACAUCAACAGAUACACAUGGAGAUGCAGAGCAGUCAGAUGAUCUAGAAACAGAUGAUAUGGUAGCUGCUGUAAAUGAACCUGCUUCAGAAAAUGAGGAGGACGAAGGUGAAGAUGAUACUGAAUCAUUUAUGUCAGAUGUGUCUUUCUCAGAAGAGACAGUAGCUGAUGAUGGAGUUGAAUACACUAUUAUAGAAUAUGGUACUCAGAUGGGCAAACCAUUACUAGUGGACAAUAUUGGUUACAGUUAUAAUUUAAGAAUAAAACAUUCUGGUUCAGAUGAUUCACAAGUGCCUGAUUCUGGGAUUUGGAGAUGCACAAAAAGAAAUAAAAAGCUACUGUGUCCAGCUUCAGUUCAUCAGAAUGGGGAAUCCUUUACUACUGGUAAUAGGGCACAUUUACAUGCACCUCAGAAAGGACUACUUACAUCAGCUCUUAUCUAUGCUGAGAUCAGAAAUCAAGCCAUGACAGAUUUUCAAACUCCAGCUUCUAAAAUUGUGGCUAGAGCACUAUCUGUGGGUGGAGGAAAUGAAGCAAAUUUACCAAAAGAGUCAAAUCUUCGUCGGUUAUUAUCACGUUAUAGGUGUCGAGAACGUAAGCGGCUGACUGAAGGUGAUUUAAAAGGUGAAAAGGAGGAAGACCAUGAAUAUUUGACUAUUAUCUUGCCCGAUACUGCAUGAUAAAUUAUUUCAUGUCACUUCACAAUAAAAAUUGUAUCAGUGUAUUUAGGAAUUUUUAUUUUCAGAGUGAUAUUAUGAUGUAAUUAUUUGAUCUAAGCUAGCCUACUUAAUGCUUAUUUUAAUCUUCUUGUCUACAGUUUCAUUAAAGGGACAGGUUUACCAUUCACUAGCUAAACAGUAAUAGUAAUCACAGCUCACUGUCGAAAUUUGAGCCUUUCAAAUCCAUGUGUGCCCAGAAAAUAUAAUUUAACCUUGACAAUUGUCUUCCAAUUUAGUUAGUCUGCCCAUACCCAUAAACUGCGUCACCACUAACUGCACAGACUAGCGUAAUUACAAAAACUAUGUUCUUUUUAAAUAAACAUAUACAAACUCAUUUCUGUUAAAAAAAAUUUUUUUAGUACCCAUUCUUUACAAACAUGACCUUUAUUUGCUGGAAGCUGAGGCUAAUACUGUAUGGGUGGUUGUAUGAGGUAUUCAUUACUUCCAAACCUUGUUUAUGGAUUAUAAAUUGGAUAUGUAAGGGAUUUGUCUUCAUUUAAUUUAUCUACAAAAAAUGGAUAAGGCAAGGGAAAUUUUUUUAAAAUAAUUUUCAUUUGGGCUAGUAGUAUAGUUUCUUACAUUUAACUUAAAAAGUUUGGAUUAAAAUCAUGGGAUAUAUUUCAUUUACAAAAAUCAUUUUGCAAAAAAGGAAAAAAAGGGUCUCUAUCACUUAUUUAUUCCAAUUUUUUUUUUAUGUACUUUUACCUAUUUCAAUUUGUUCACUCAUGAAAUUAUUAUUUGAGCACCAGUUUCUCGGGGAAAACUUUAACAAGGUACGUAACCUCUCACGUGAUAUUUCUUUUAUAUUCAAAGUGGUUACGAAUUGUCUCAAUGUACCGGAAAAGACAAGGUUAGUUUCCUGCUUCUGCAUCGAAAUUAUAUGUUUGAAAUAGUUUUAAUUGAUUGAAUAUCAUCACUUUCAUGUAUUGUUUAUUUGAAUAUGUAGAAUGGAGAUCAUAAAAUGACAGAAAGUCAAAGGAUAGCGAACGAGUGGAGUGGGAUGUUUCGUCAUAUAUUUCGUCGUACUCCAACCUUGCGUCGUUUCGCCAUUUUGUUCAAAGUAAAGUUGGAUCUCACUCACUGUCAAAUUGCCAAAAAAAGAGUUUUUGUUUUUAUGGAUAGAACUAGUGUGAAAUAGUUUAAAUAAAUGUUUUAAGCAAAAAAGAAAUUUUUGUUAAGAAUUGUCCACUGAUUGCUGAUUCCUGCAAGUCAAUGUAGAUUUUAUCAACUAAGAAAUAAAUGAUGUGGAAAAUUAUUGCCAAAUAAAAUAAAUUUACCAACUUG